CGACGAAUGGCCACCAACCAACGAUGAAAAAAGACUACAAAAACGGUACGAUAAAACAACCACAUCAAGACGAAAGAACCGGUGCGGAACAAUUAACGUACAGGUGCAAUAAUGAUGAAAGUGCAACCGCAAAAUUAAGAAAGGAUAAACCAGUACAAAAAAACGAAAGGGUAAUCAUAGAAAUGAUAGAAAAACGAUUCGAACAAAGUUAA